AGUCGCACGUAUUCUUUCGCUAACGUCACUCAAACCUUCGCCUGAGCUGCUCAAACCAACCCGGAACUUUAAAAGUUCACAAAUCUAUCCCGAACAACUUGUUUGGAGGAGUUUUUUUUCACAGAGUUCUUAUAUUUUUUUCUAAAGGAGUAACAAAGAGUUCCAUGAGAGGUGACGUUUUUUUCUGCGCUCGAGGGGAAUUUUAAAACGGACCGUUGUAAAUGUUUCUGGCUGCGUCGGUUCCUGCAUGACUGUAACCCUCGACUCGUCUUUUCAAACCAGAUCAGAGAGCGGUGGAGUCGAGAGGAGUCAACAUGCCUCAGCAGAAGGACAUCGUGAAGAUAGCCAUCCAGAUGCCUGGAGCUUAUCCACAACUCAUACAGCUGGACCAGAAAAAGCCUCUGUCUGCUGUAAUAAAGGAAGUGUGCGACGGCUGGACUCUCCCUGGUCCGGACAACUACGCUCUGCAGUACGCCGACGGAGUGCAGACGUACAUCACCGAAUCAAACCGUCUGGACAUUAAGAACGGCUGCAUUCUGCGUCUGACCAAGGCACCGGGUCGCUGUGCGGAGGAUUUGUUCAAAGGCAUCCAGAGCUCAGACUCGGGCGUCCGCUGCGACUCCCUGAAGGAACUGGCCACCGUUUCCACCGACGUGACCUUCGCUCAGGAGUUCAUCAGCCGAGACGGACACCUCCUACUGGUCAAGAUAGUGGAGGACUCUAAUGAGAACAACAUGAUCAUGACGCACACACUGACGGCCUUCAUGGAACUGAUGGAUCAUGGGAUAGUUUCCUGGGAGAACCUCUCCACCGUCUUCAUCAAGAAGAUCGCGGGCUUCGUCAACGCCAAACCGACCGACGCCUCCAUACAGCAGGUGUGCCUGGACAUCCUGGAGAGCAUGGUGCUGAGCGGUCAGAGCCUCUUCCUGCAGGUCAAACAGGAGGUCACCAUGGAGAGGCUCAUCGCCCACCUCCAGGUGACCAACCAGCAGAUCCAGACCAAAGCCAUGGCUCUGCUCAUGGCCGUGCUGCAGACGGCCGGAGACUCAGACAGACAGGAUAUAUUUUCAUUCUUGAAUAAGAAGAAUCUCCGCCAGUAUAUUUAUAAGAACAUCAUCCACAGUUCUGGUUCAGUCCAGGAUAAGAUGGCCCACUACCUCUACGUCCUACAGUCAGUGACUCUGAAUCACCUGGAGCCUCGCAUGAGAACGCCGCUGGACUGUUACAGCCAGGAGCAGAGAGACAUCCUUCACGGUCUGCGUCAGGCGGCGUUCGAGACGGAGAGCGAGAACAGUCUGAGCCACGAGAGACGGCGCUCACUCUGCGCCAAAGAGUUCAAGAAACUGGGCUUUUCUAACAACAGCAACCCUGGUCAGGACCUGGUGCGGACGCCUCCCGGUCUGUUGGCGUUGGACACCAUGUUUUAUUUCGCCACACGUUAUCCUGACGCCUACAGCAGGUUUGUUCUGGAGAACAGCAGCAGGGAAGAUAAACACGAGUGUCCAUUCGCCAGGAGCAGCAUCCAGCUCACACUCGUCCUGUGUGAGAUUCUUCGUAUCGGAGAGACACCCUCGGAGACGAGGUCCGACUACCAUCCCAUCUUCUUCAGUCAGGAUCGACUGUUGGAGGAACUCUUCUGUGUCUGUAUUCAGCUGCUCAACAAAACCUGGAAGGAGAUGAGAGCCACGCAGGAGGACUUCGACAAGGUGAUGCAGGUGGUCAGAGAGCAGAUCACCAGGACGUUGGCCACCAAGCCCACCUCUCUGGAACUCUUCAAGAACAAAGUCCACGCCCUCAACUACAGCGAGAUCCUCAAACUGAGGCAGACGGAGCGGCUGCACCAGGAGGAGAUCCUGGCUCCUCCCGUACUUGAGCUCAAAGAGCGUCUGAAGCCCGAGCUGCUGGAGCUGAUCCGCCAGCAGAGACUCAACCGACUGUGUCAGGGGACGAUGUUCAGGAAAAUCAGCAACCGCCGUAGACAAGAUAAACUUUGGUACUGUCGACUGUCGCCCAAUCACAAAAUGCUUCAUUAUGGCGACGUGGAGGAAGACACAGACAAUCCACCAAUAGAAACACUCCAAGAAAAGAUACCAGUGGCUGAUAUAAAGGGACUGCUGACAGGAAAGGACUGUCCUCACAUGAAAGAAAACAAAGGCAAACAGACCAAGGAGGUGCUGGACUUAGCAUUUAGCAUCAUGUACGACGUAGAGGAGUACAGUCUGAACUUCAUCGCACCCUCACGGACCGACUUCUGUUUGUGGACAGAUGGACUCAGCGUCCUCCUGGGUCGGGAGAUGAGCAGUGAGGCCAUGCGCAGCGAGCUGGAAAUCCUCCUCUCUAUGGAGAUCAAGCUCCGCCUCCUGGACCUGGAGAACGUCCCCAUCCCUGACAGCGCCCCCGUGGUCCCCAAACCUCCCAGCAACUACAACUUCUGCUACGACUUCAGUCAGACUGAGCAGUAGAGGGGAGUGUGCACAGAUGAAUGAAUGUGUAAAUAUUCAUAUACAUAUAUAUAUAUCUAUCUAUGUGCAGCCAUGCACUUAUUAACAGUCUUUAAUCCUGACACUCCUCCUCCAGUCUCAGUACUGAAACAUCUCCACGAAAAAACAUUAAGAACUGACACGAACACACACGCCAACACUGAUCUGUCACGUUUGAACCUGACGACACCUCCGCUCUGCUCCACCGACCUCAUGUCCACCUGUUCAUGUCUCCAACUACUAUUUACAAUCGAUAACUGACAUCGUACAACGCCAGGCUCGAGGAACGGUACUUUUAAUUUUCCUUGCUUGAUUUUUUUAAAAAAUAUUUAAAAAGAACAAACAUCUAUACAUUUAAAGUCCUUUUCCUUUAACAGAUUUAUAUCAUUAUUGUUCCGUGGUUUUAAAAUGACAGUGUCUCACUCGUGAUGAUUUUAUGACCUAUUUUAUAAGGAUGCAGACAACAACAGGUACCAAACACCUUUACGUUUUGUUUUGUUUUUUUCAGGUACUAAGUAUACCUUAGGGGAAUAUAUGAAAGGAGUUUAAUAAUUAAGAAAAAACACAAAAUAUGAGUACUACGAAUGUUCAGGUUUUCUCUGAACAGUUUUCAUUCACUUUGGUCAUGCAGGUACUAAACAGUUCUAGAAACUCACAGACGAACCGUUGUCGUGGGUGUUUGGAGCGUUUUCUGGCCUUUAUCUGGGUCUUUCAUUUCAGGACGGUCACCUUGACCCUUGACCCUGCACUGCAACUCUGACACUCUUCUUGUGUAGUGACAUUCACUUUGAACCAUGAUGUUUCUUUGCUGAAUUCACAUGAAUAAACUGCAGGUUUUUUUGGGUUUUUUUGUAAUGAAAAAA